GGGGAGGGAGCGUGGGCAGCCGCUGGCGCCGUUGCCAUGGCGACGGAGGCGCUGGCUCCGGGGCGCAUGCGCGACCCCGGUAGUGCUUUCCGGCCGGUAGGAAGCGCCGCGGGUUCCGUUAGGGCUGGCGCCCGGCGUGGCGUGGCGGGACGGGGGAGCAGCCCGGAGCGGGCGGCGAGUGCAGGCGGCAGGGGAUAGCGCAUCCCUGGGCCGCUGCGGGCUGUGUGCCCGUGGAGACGUCCUCCAGCCGAAGAGCUGCUUCUCGGCUUCUCCCUCCCCACCUCGUAACCCGCGUCCAGGUCCGGUGUCCUCGUUGAAAGAGGAGCAGAGAUCUGUUGGAACGAGUACAGAGAGGCCACAAAGGUGAUCCCCUCGCGAGGCCUCAGCCAUGGCUGGCUCUGCUGAGCAGGGCAGAAAGCUCUCAGCCCGCCGGGCUCAGAAGGGAGGUGGGAAGGAAGGACUCCAGAACUGCAGAGUUAAUCGUUCCCUGCUGGCAGUGCAGCCGCUGGAAGUGCUGAGGGUUCUGCCGGCUCCGAGUGCACAGGCUCGGCUUUGGUUUCGUACUGAUGUUGUCCCUUCUGUUCUUCCCUGCAGUGUGCUUCAGCUUUCACCUGAGUGAAGGGAAGCUUCUCAGAUGGCCUCCGGAGGGCUAAGUGAGGACACGGAGCAUCCAUGCGAGGCUCCCGCUGCGUCUCUGCGGAGGAGCAGCCCCUGUCGGUGGGCAGCCAUCCUGGCUGCAGUGCGGGACCAGCUGCCCUCCCUCAGCCCCGGCAGCUCCGCGCCAGACUCUGAGGAUGAUGAGGAGCUUUACAUCUACCAGCGGGAGCAGCCCAGCUUCAUUCCUGACCUGUCAGAGCUGCUGCAGGAGUUCUCCCAGGAAGACUCAGGCAUGCAGCUAACCCAGGAAGCAGGGAGACACUCAUGGGAGAUCUGGAAAGGUGAUCUGGAAGGUUUUGGCUUUCAGAAACAACCAGAAGGUGUCCAGGUCUUUGCAAAGGAAGAGACAGAAAUGACUCAAGAUUCCAGGGAUCACCUUGAAGAGGAAGACCUGAGCAGGAAACAGGCCAUGGAAAGAGGGAACUCCUGGCUUAAUACAGCACUGUCUAUAGAAGGGUUGGGCACUCCAGAAGAGAGGAGGAAGCUGGUAAAGACAAAGAUCCUCUCCAAAGUAUUUCUGGAGCCAUCACCAGGCCACCCAGAGCUCCGUGUGAAGCCUCCCUCACGUGGCAUUGACAGCAGUGCAGAGAGAGAUGCUGAGGAGGAGUCUCCCUCAGAUGGCCAUCUCCAAGAGCUGACCCACUUGUCACUGCAGCACAUGGAGAAAUGGGAUCAAGGCAAGAAUCCCGAGGAAUUGGAGCAGAAGAGAGCUGCUUUGUCCUCAGCAGAUCAUGAUGCCUGCAGAAGCAGAUCUGAAGAUCAGCUGCUGGAGAAGCCAGAAGAGCUGUGUGCCAGGCAGUGCAGGGCAGAGCCUGCAGGCUGUGGGUGCCCACCAGCCCAGCUCUCCUCUCCAGAGCAGCAGCACAACAAGGCUGUUGCCAUGCUCUCAUCUUCAAGUUCUCCAAGAAGAGCCACGAUGAGCUCUGAGGGUCUGCCAGAGCCUGGAACUGUGUGCAUAGAUGUGAGAGAAGCCAAAGUACAGAACUCAGCAAUGUUCCCUGAUGGGCAGCAAAGGAGGAAUUGCUCAGGGAAAGGCAUCCUGCUGCAACAGCUCCGUGCAGCCCGUAAAGAAGCCUCAGAGCUCUUUCCUCAGACAUCCUCCCCAGCUGGAAGGCCUGAAGGCAAGAAACAGGAUCCAGAAUGUCUGGCAAAGAAAGAUUCCUCCAAAAUAAGUCACACCCAGUGUUCUGAAGCGAGGCAAGAGACAGCUGAGGUGAUUCCCAGGAAACUGAGGUUGCAGAGAGAGGAAAGAACUCCUCCUGUGUUCAGCCACAGGGGCAGUGGAGCUGACCUGGGAAACGGAAACCAAAGAGCAGCUGAGAUGGCUCCAAAUUCAGGAGCUGCUCCAGAGCCUCCUCUGGCUCCCACGGGCCUGCUGAGGCCAGAAGACAGUAAGAGAGAGCUGUCCCAAAAGGAAGAACAGAGGAGAGAGAGAGAGACACAGGAGACAGACUCCAGAAGCAGCCUCAGCAGUCAGCAGCCCAUUGCAGAGGACAGCCCUGAGGUGUUCCACCCGGGCAGUAGCUCUGGCUAGGUCUGGCCCUUCCCCGGGGCCUUCCUAGCCAAGUGCAGGUGAUUCCAGAGCACAAAGUGAUGUGGGGUGGUGUGGAGCAGUCCUGCAGCUCUCCCCUCACACCAACAAGAGUGUUUUGAGCACCCCUGUGUGGGCAGUGCUCCCCAGGGGGUGCUGGCAGGUUGGGGGUGCUGUGCUCUGGCCCUGGCUUGCGGAACAAGAGGGGCUCAGCCUCGGCACCUUCGUGGGAGCCAGACUUGCACAGGGCAGUUUUGAUGACCUCUUCAUGAAAGAUUUUUCACUGUGGCCUAUGAAGCAGAGCCUGUGCUGAGUCCUGUCUGGUUGUCUGCCCCCAGCAGCUUUACCUGGCAGUUUUACUGGGCAGCUUUGGAGGACUGUGGAGUUAGUGACAGGAUUUGCUUUUGCCUCAUGUCCUGAUCCUAGGAGUACAAAGUUAUCCUGAGUUGUUGGUUUUUUUUUUCUCAGAGCCUAAAACAUGGCUCAGGAGCCAGGGCUGGUUUUAAUCUUGAGUUGAUUUCUAGUCCUAGUUCAUCCUUGCACUGGUUUCAGUGGACAGGAGGCCAGCAGAGAAAAUAAAAGUAGAUGAGAAGCUCCAGAA